AUGUCGACGCCGAGCAUUGAAGCGAUGAACAUCACAGUCUCAUCUCGAGGGACAGCCCACCGCCUCGCCUUGCUCCCAGAUUCACUUCUGUCAUCCCUACAAGCCGAACUCGAGAACCUGACCGGAGUACCUGCGUCCCUGCAGAAAUUGAUUUACAAGGGGAAGAAAGCAGGCCAGGGCAGUGACUCUGUGACCCUUGCUGAUGCCGGGAUCAAGGACGGAAUGAAGAUUCAGAUGCUUGGAACAACCACGAAGGAUCUGGAUGGGCUAAAGGACGUGGAAGACGAGCAGAAGAAACGCGAAAGGAUUUUAAGGGAAAGGGCGCUGAAGCCACAGGUUAAGCCUCGUUCGACGGGUCCUGGAGGAAGUUCGAUAGCAACCUUGUCCACCCUCAAUGCGUCACCAUCUACCUCUCAGUACAGGUUUCAUGAUAUCAAACCCCUGGAACACCUGCCCAACCCCGAAACCGCUAGGGCUGUUCUCGAUAAGCUGGCCACAGAUCCAGCUAUCCGCCAUGUUAUGCAGAAGCAUCGCUUCACCGUCGGCGUAUUGACGGAGCUAGCUCCUCACGAACAUCCCGAACUCUUGGGCCUCAAUGUCAACAAGGGAGAAGCAAUCAAACUACGGAUACGGACGGAUCGAUAUGACGGGUUUCGACUGUAUAAAGAGAUCAGAAGAGUGCUGUGCCACGAACUUGCGCAUAAUGUCUGGGGAGAUCAUGAUAAUAACUUCAAGGAAUUGAACUCGCAGCUGAACCGCGAAGUGUUCGAAUACGAGAAGUCUGUGAUGGAAGGAGCACGCACGUUGUCUGGAACACCGCUAUCAGCAUUCUCGUGGGAUACCCCUUCUUCAGAGCAGGAAGCAGAGGCUCAGUCGUACGUUCUCGGUGGUUCUGAUGUGCAAAGGAUGGCCUCGGACGGGGACUCUCCCGAACAGAGGCGUCGGCGUGUUCUGGAGGCCACUUUGAACCGAUUGAGGAAAGAGGAAGAGGAACUGGAGCAGAGUUGUGGAACAGGUCACUCUAUUGGAUCUUCGUAAUGGAUUGUGCUUGUAUCUGGCACUAGUGGACAUGGAAUAUCAUCAGUAAUUACACCCUCCCAA